UAUAUUGAUAAGUACAGACAAAGGAGGUAGUAGACACUUUUUAAAAUGUAAGCGACAUUCCUACUGAAAGAGAUUUGCCAGUCUCUCUAGUUCCGUCAACUUGCUAGGACGUAUUUAUAUUAUCGUGGAACGAGAAAAGUAUAGUGUAUCUAUGUUCGUGUGUGCGUGCGUGCAUAUGCGUAUGCUUAUAUAAAAAAUCUCGUGCGUAUUGAUACGAUAAGAAAGAAAAUAUGCGACAUUCUAAACCUAAGAACAAUGACAUUAAUAACGAAGAGACACCCGGAGUAUACACUCUAUCCGUUAUAUCAGACAAUAGAAAUAAUCUCGAUAUCGGGACUUCAACAACCGUAUUGGUGCCUGAUCAAAUAGAGAAAGAGAGAGCUCAAUGGGGAAGUGAAUUAGAAUUUUUGAUGUCUUGCGUAGCUUUUUCUGUUGGCCUUGGAAAUAUUUGGAGGUUUCCAUAUACAGCAUACGAAAAUGGCGGCGGAGCCUUCUUAAUACCUUAUAUAAUAGUUCUAUUUAUAAUAGGAAAGCCACUUUAUUACAUGGAAAUGAUAUUGGGACAGUUCAGUAGUUGUUCUUGCAUCGACAUUUGGUCGUUAUCACCAGCUUUCAAAGGUAUUGGCUAUGGCAUUACUAUAUCAGUAUUUGGAGUAAUCACUUAUUAUUCAGCUCUUAUGGCGUUGAUAAUGUAUUAUAUGAUAGAAAGUUUUCAAUCAGUACUUCCAUGGUCUUAUUGCUGGGAUGAUUGGGGUGACAUUUGUUUCGAUAGUACGUUGACGGGGAAUCAAACGAACAAUGACAAUAAAAGUAGCUCGGCUGAGUUAUACUUUAGGAAAGUAGUAUUAAAAGAAACCAACAUAGAUGAUGGAUUAGGAACGCCAUCUUGGAAAUUAGUAUUGUCUUUAUUAGCAAGCUGGCUAUUCGUUUAUGGUGUAAUAUCGAAAGGUGUAAAAAGUAGUGGAAAAGUCGCUUACUUUUUAGCUCUGUUUCCUUACAUCAUUAUGAUUUGUCUGUUGAUAAGAGGUGUAACCUUGAACGGUGCCAUUAAUGGUAUAAUCUUUUUAUUCGAACCAACGUGGAGUAAAAUUUUUGAUCCAUCGGUUUGGUAUGCAGCUGUUACACAAUCAUUUUUUUCUCUUGGUGUUUGUUUCGGUGCCGUCACCAUGUAUUCCUCUUAUAAUAAUUUUGAUCACAAUGUAUCAAGAGAUUGCAUGAUAGUUACUACAAUGGAUCUUUGUACCAGUUUAAUGGCUGGUACCACAAUAUUUAGUAUACUAGGCAACCUAGCUUACGAAAUCGGUAGCGAUGAUGUCAGUAACGUAGUAAGAGCUGGGACUGGUUUGGCAUUUAUUUCAUAUCCCGAAGCAUUAGCCAAGUUCACGGCCACCCAACAACUUUUCUCUGUUUUAUUUUUUCUAAUGCUCUUUGUCUUAGGCGUUGGUACGAUAGUUGCCUUUAGUAACGUUAUCAUCAGUGUUAUUAAGGAUCAAUUUCCUCAUAUCAGCCAAUGGAAGAUAUCUGCUUGCUUUUGUUUCAUUAGUUUUCUGAUUGGCAUCGUUUAUUGUACUCCGGGUGGACAAUAUAUUCUCAACUUGAUUGAUUAUUUUUGCGGAACGUUUAUUGUAGUUAUACUUGCGUCAUUCGAAGUAAUUGCGAUAUCAUGGAUAUACGGUAUCGACAAUUUCAUUGACGACAUUGAAUUUAUGUGCGGUACCAGACCAUCCUUUUAUUGGAGAUUUUGUUGGGGUAUUUUGACGCCAAUGUCUUUGUUUGUCAUUUUAAUCUAUUUUCUAUUUAGUAUGACACCAUUGACAUAUAAUAAUGAGUAUUAUCCUGAUGCUGCGUACGCUGCUGGUUGGAUAAUUCUGAUUUUCGGUUCGGCACAACUUCCUAUAUGGAUGUUUAUUGAAAUUAUAAACAAUAAAAAUACAUCACUGUUUGCUGCAUUUACGGCGAAGAGUAGUUGGGGUCCAAAAAAUAAGAAAAAAUAUAAAGAAUGGAAAGAUUUUAAAGAAUUGAAAAGAAAUUCUAAUAAAGGACGAUCGAAAUUAUUCCAAUUUUUGUUCGGUAGGCAGUGAAAAAAAAAUAAGAAAGAAAAGAAGGGAAAAAAAAAGAACAAUUUUUAUUAUUCGUACGUAUAAUAA